UCAAUGUAGCUUGUUACCCAAGUUUCAUGUUUCAUGAAACGGAAAUCUGAAAAAAGGAAAAUAAAUCAACYACUCGCUUCACAGGUUCAAAUCAACCAGAGACCUAAAGAGAAAACUACUGCAAAGGAAUUGAACAUGUCAAGAAAAAUCAGCUUCUGUGUAGCUGCGUGCCUUAUUCUGACCUUGGUGUUUGCUGCACGGAGAAGUCUAAACUCCAUCACUGAUCUGAUYGACUGCCACCUCUCUGAGCACACAAACAUUUUAGAGCUGCUACACUGGUUUGCCAAUGAAGUCGACAUUGAUAACCACAUCCGACUUACCUUUGACCCUGCCUCUGAUUAUGGCUCACAUCAUUAUGGAAAUUUUGAAUACAUGCUAGAUCAGCUGCCUUGGGGGUACCAAUACUACACAAUUGGUAAUAUUUAUGAAGAUGAUUCCGACGCCCUUCCAUCCUACGUAAGAAAUCCCCACAGGAAUAUUGACGACAACAACAAAGCUCGGAUCAUAAUCAGGGUGAAAGAAGGACACUCGGGACCUCACCCUGGACAGAUAAUAGACCAGGUGUACAUCACUCAGCACUCCGAUGAAGGGACCAAUUAUGAUCCAGCUAACACAUACAGAAUCACACCCAGCCUUUUACACGCAAUCAGACGGAGAAACAUUACUGAAAUCCAACAACUUGCCAGACGGUCCCACAGAGAGAACGCUUCUACCCGUCCACCAGGACAUCCCACUCGAUAUGUCCACGAAGCUCGAUAUAAGCCAAGUACAGAAAACAAUGAUGACUUCCUGUCGAGAUUCUGCUUUGCCAUUCUUGUGAUCAUCGUUAUUUUUGCUUUGAACGUAUGUCUUCAGAAUUGCUUCAAAUAAGACAAUAUUUCCAGACAUUGAGCAGAACUGUAAAUGUGUUUUGCAAAGGGAAAAAAAGGCGGAAGAUCCUAAACCCAAAUAAAGAAAAGUGUGCGUAAA